AUGGACCGGGUUUCGAUUAUGGGGGUCAAUGGCAAAGAUCAAGUUGUUUCAUAUAUUCCCUUUUCGAUUCUACAGAAGUAUUGGACAGAGGAUCGUAUCAGCCAGAUUCUGAACUCUUCUGUCAUUCCCAUUACUGAAAAUGUUCAAUUGAUUGCCGAAAGGUACCUCAGGAUAUUCUCCACUUUCGUCUACGGUGGCUUCUGCGACAAACUUUCAUGGGUUUUCCGUAACCAUACAACGAAUAUGGACGACGACCGCCUUCCAUUUGAUGAGAGCAUCUUCGAGAACACGAGUGACUGGACUACCUCGUUUCUGAAGCACCAGUGGAUGUUCUGUCCUGUCGAAUUUACCGAUGAAUCCUGCCAUCAGCUGGCACUAGACUUGAGAGUUAUCUUACCUGUGGCUUAUGGCGAGUAUAUCAAAGAACAUCGCACAGGGCCCGAUAGACCAAUAUUGCGCAAGGUUAACUUCGACUCUGGCUGUGAUUCAUAUCACAUAAUGGGCGAACGUGCAAUUUUCAAAGUCUACGAAGGUCAUAGUGGAGAGGUGCGGUACAACGCCGAGACAGAUGCCUAUCUGAAGCUCCGAAAGCUUUCAACAGAUUUCAUCACAAAGUGUCUCGCCAGUUUCUACUUCCCCGAGGCACACAGAUUUAUCAUCGUUCUGGAAUACGCAGAAGGGGGUUCCCUCACAGAAUACCUUGAGUCAAAUUUACCCCCCACCACUACCGAAGACCUUUUGCUGUUAUGGAAGCCUAUGCUCAGUCUUAGUGGGGCCUUAGAGGUAUUAAACGCCAUCUACCAACAGAAUUCAAGGUCUCCAACCUUUGUGGGGUUACAUCAAGAGAUACACCCAGGAAACAUCUUAGUCUUCCCUAGGGGCAAAGGAACAUCCCGGUUUGACGUUCAGUUUAAGUUCAAAGGCUUUGGAAUGGCCCCUAAUGCAGCCAUGUCAGCCUCAGAUAUGAAGCUUAGGCUCGGAAGCAGACAGAACAGGAUCUAUGUCUCUCCUGAGGUGUUCAAUUUCGUGGUCAAUGGUCAUAGCGAUGCAGCAAUAUCCCGCUUGACCGAUAUUUGGUCAUUGGGGGCUUUGUUUAGUGACUUUCUAGUAUGGACGAUGACUGGCUUACGGGGCCAAGAGAAAUACCGCCUUCAACGAAGGGCAGAGAUCUCGGAAACUCAACAAUUCUGCAGCCCGGGUUAUGAUUGUUGUUUUCACGAUGGCGAAAAAAGGCUUAAAGCUAUUGACGAGGCUCAUAAUAAUGCCUUAGAGUGUUGGAGGAAUGGCGACUUCAUACCACCGGCUAUCAGCGAUGUUAUUCUCGACUGCAUGCUUGUUGAGCCUCGAGAUCGACUAGAUGCCAUACAGGUCAAGCAGUACGCCGCGAACAAACUCAAACACUACCAGCCGUCAUUAGAUGGUAUUUUGCCACUACUGGAUAGUCCUGAUAUAGAUCAACGUCAUCCCUCGAUUCUUUCACACCAGCAUAUAGCUAUGCGAGAUGACCAGCCAUUAUCAGAAGGCACACACACAGUCAGAACCCCUAUGAGCACCGUGGAUCACUUCCACCGACACAUUUCAGAGAACCUACGCGAGGGUCUCAAUGGCAAUGGUGAGAAGGUCUUCUACGUUAUACCCUCGGCAUUGGACAGCUACUGGACAGAACGACGUGUCGAUAUUAUCUUGAACUCUCAACAGCCUCCAGUGGCAUCAAGUCCAGAUAUGAUCAUCAGCGACUUCCCUCGUGUAUUCUCUAUCCUGACUCACAUUGGCCGGCCACAAGAGAUUUCGUGGUUGUGUAAUGAUAUGAAAGGCCUAGAUGAUCACCGGAUACCUUUCGACGAAGGUUGCUUCCCACCGACUUGCCAGUGGGCGAAUGAAUUCCUACGUGAGCAGUGGAUGUUCAUACCUCUGUUUUUCCCUCAAAACAAAAUACUCAGUCGGGCUGUGCAUCCCAAAACCAUUUUACCUGUUACAUAUCAGAAGCAACUCACACAGAAGCGUGGCGGUCGGAAUACAGCCACCUUAUGGGAGGUACAAGUACAUUCUGGAGAGAGUCUAACAGCAUCAGAAGAUCAGCCUGUUGUCUUCAAGGUGUACGAGGGUACUGGGGCAGAGGACCUCUACAAUGCCGAGACGGAUGUUUAUCUUAAACUCCGCACUAAGAACAACAAGUAUAUCACCAAGCACCUUGCUUCCUUCUCAUUCCAGGGAGAGAGAAAGUACGUCAUAGUCCUCGAAUAUGCAGCUGGAGGAUCCCUCAAGGACUUCUUCAAGAACACGCCUAUACCUGCCCGCCCGAACGAGUUCCGAUUACUGUGGAGUAGGCUGCUCAAGCUUCUCGAUGCCCUGCACGUUCUGCACGAUCUCUACCGACCGGAUGGAGCUCCAGUCUGGUUCCUUGCAGGGGUCCAUCAAGACAUACAGCCAGCGAAUAUCUUAGUUUUCCCUGAAAAAGACAAAGACUCUCGGUUUGACGUAAAGUUCAAGCUCACAGACUUUGGAUUGGCUGAGAUUGGCAGAAUCUCGACUUCAGGUGGAAAGUUGGCAACAGAGAAUAGGGGCAAUAGGAUGUACAUUUCUCCCGAGAGUUUCGCCAACUUCUCAGUUCAAGACACUGUCCGAACUGAUCUACCACCAACGGCAGACAUCUGGGCCCUGGGCGCCGUGUUCAGCGAUGUCCUUGUCUGGUCGAUUUCUGGUGAGCCAGCUCGCGAGCAAUAUCGCCUCCGAAGAAGGGCAGAGAUUUCUUCCCAACGUCACUUAAAGGAACGUGAUCACGAUGCUUGCUUCCACGAUGGGAUGGAACGCCUCGCUGCUGUUGAGGAGUCUCACAAGUUGGCGCUUCAAAACAAAAGAGGCAAUGAUAAUAUCUCGCCUUACAUGAGCGAGAUCAUACUGGACUACAUGCUCACCGAUGAGCAUGAGAGACUGCCAGCGAUGAAUAUCAGGAUGCGAGCAGAAAAGAAGAUCAAAAACAUGACAGAAGUCUCACUCGAUAAUGGGCAGACGGUUGUUAAUAUCCGGCCUAUGCAGGCGUGCCAUACAUCUCCAAACAGACGACGGACUGUGCCUAACCCGUCCCUGCCAAGCCUUCCCCAGGCAGGCCAUGAUCGGUUGCCAGUUCACCAAGAGGUAAAUCAGUUCUGUGCUUCCCCUAGGACCUCUCUCGAUUACGCCACUGUGGGACCUUCAUCACCAACGCUCUCAGUCACUCAGCUUAUGUCCCCGCCAAUCAACAACGCUCAACUCCAAGUGCAGACACCGAAAUCUCCGUUGGCAGUCACGAAGGUUACAGUGAAUGAAGUGUACCGAAUAAUUGAAAAGUCUUCCCACUCUUCCUUUACCAGUUCAAUCGGGAUGAGAUCAGAUAAGGCCAAGGAGAUAAUGAAGCUGCCUGGUAUGGAAGAGGCACGUAUCAAGAUCGCGGUGGCGAGAGGCAGGGACCAGAUCAUGCUUAUAGAUAACUUCAGAUCGAUGGAACAGUAUAAGUCAGACGUGAUUAAGACGGCGAGGGUCAUCAGUUACGUUGCAAAGGCUGUCGACGAGGACGGCAUGGAGCUCUACGCUGCCUCGGAAGUCGCCAAGAAGCCACGGAUAUGCAAAACUAGCUCUCAGAUCGAGAAAGCAAUCGCCAAAAUGCCAACCGUCGAUGGCACCUGUAACAUGAGGGGUUGUCUGGAUACAAUACUCGACCGGGUGCUUGUUGGAAGAAAGGUCAAACCCACGAGCAUCUAUAUCUACACUGAUGGAGUCUGGGAGCCUGGUGCCGAUCCGGUCAAGUUUUCCAUCAAGCGGGCUAUUGACUACCUUAUUAAGUGCGGGCAACCAUCUUCGACACUGAUGUUUCAAUUUGUUCAAUUCGGUAGUGAUACCGAGGGGACUGGCCGGCUGAAAUAUCUGGAUAACAAGUGCGUGAGAGAGGUAGAGACGGAGAGCUACGAUAUUGUCGACACCAAGCACUGUGACGAUCAUGUUCCAAAUAUUGUUAUUGGGAGCUUCUCGAGAUAUGCCGACGAAGUUGGGUCUAGCGAGGAAGGUCAAUUGAAGAAUAAUGCUGAUAGAUUGUUUGGUUGA